AGAUCAUCGAUUUCAAUGGUUGUGUCUGAAACACGAAAUUGUUUACACAAUUACCUCAACACUGAUAUCAUUCCUCCAUAUCUGCUUGGCAUAAAGGGGUUCAUGUAUUACUUUUUUACACAAUUAAGGCAUUUACAGCCAGGGACUUUAUAGAUCACUGGAAAAUGACAGAGACGCAAGGGGAAGAUGAGGAAUGGCUAAUGAAAUUGGAUCAGCAGUUCCAAGAAAUAGCAGGAGAUGAUAACCUCAUUGAUUUGGAUGAAUUCAAGAAAGCACUGAGAGUCAAAAAGUCGUUCUUUGCUGAGCGGUUCUUUGCGCUUAUUGACACGGACAAGUCAGGGAGUAUCACUCGGAAUGAACUCAUAGCUGGUCUCCGGUUUCUUUUCAAUGGAACUCAAGAAGAGAAAAUCAACUUUCUCUUCCGGGUGUACGACGUGGACGGAAGUGGGUACAUAGACUUCGACGAGCUCAAGACAGUACUACGCUUUUGCACAACUGAAAGUGCGUUGACCCUUAGCGAUGAAACCUUGACUGAACUAACCCAGACACUUUUCGACUAUGCCGAUGUCGAUGGCAAUGGUCAAGUGAGCUAUGAGGAGCUUUCGCAACAGCUACAGCGAUACCCUGCAAUCACAGCUAACCUUAGUCUCAGCGCCGCCGAUUGGCUUAAUCCUCAAAAGAAGAAGCCCAAACAGCAAUCAGCAAGAAAGAAUUGCUGCAGUUAUCGCACAAUCCAGAAUCACCUCUCCGUCAUCAUCUUCUGGGUCGUCUUCGUUAUCAUCAAUGUCGGACUAGCAGGAUGGGGUGCAUACCAGGGUUAUGCGAGCGUCAAGGAUGCAAGGGACCCAGCUGCUUUGGCCAUUGCAAGAAGUGCAGGACGAUGUCUCAGCUUCAAUUGCUGCUUUGUUCUGGUUCUGAUGCUUCGGAAGCUCUUGACCACGUUACGUAAGACAUUCUUAACAAAUGUUCUUCCUCUUGAUCAACACGUGAUUCUUCAUAAGAUUGUUGCAUCCUUCAUCAUCAUCUUGUCUGCGGUUCAUACGAUUGCCCACAUUGCAAACCUCGCAUUGUUGUAUCAGGUGGAGAAGAGAGGUGGACCUACGCCUCACUGGGCCCGUGAUGUUUUCGUCCGACGUUUCCCAGGUCUUGGUCUGGUCGAAGGCUCCUGCAUUAUCACAGGGAUUCUGAUCAUCAUCGUACUCAUCAUCAUGACCAUCUGUUCAAUGCCGUUUAUCAGAAGAAAGGGACACUUCCAAGUAUUUUACUGGACCCAUCAGUUGUGCAUUGUUUUCUGGUCCUUGAUCAUCCUACAUUCCAAGUAUUUCUGGAUCUGGUUUAUUGCGCCUGGUUUCAUCUAUUUCAUUGAACGCCUUCUUCGGCUUCAGAUUUACAGACGAACGAUGUAUGGUAAAACCUUUAUCAAGAAUGCAUACAUCUUACCUGCCAAUGUUGUUCAUCUUGUCAUCCAGCGUCCACCAAAUUUCAAGUUCCAUGCAGGAGAAUACGUUCAUGUGAAUAUCCCAUCUAUAGCAUCCCAUGAGUGGCAUCCAUUUACCAUCAGCAGCGCACCAGAGCAGGAAGAUUUUCUGUCUCUUCAUAUACGAUGUGUUGGUCACUGGACAAAUAGACUCAACAGUGUCGUCAAAAAUCUGCAGCCAUGUGAGCAAAGGCGAGCUCUUGAGCUUCAGAGUGGCGAGAUUAAGCAAAGGCGGAUCAACCGUUUUGUAGAGGUCAAAGUGGGUGUUGAUUCUCCUAAAACUGCACAGGCCGCUGAUGACAAGCCUUUCAACCAGAGUAUCACCUCUGGAACUCUCGCAUCCGUGUCUAAUGGAAAUAUAUCUUCAACGAAAUUCCGCAGAAGUGGGGUGCCCAAUUUGCCAUAUGUGCCAGAAGAGGUAGAUGAUGUCAGAAUUCAAAUCGUUGAGCCAGGGCAUGAUGUAGAGGUAAAGGGAGACAGCAAACCGACGGGUAGCUUUGAGGACAGCCGACAAUCUUCAGGGCCAAAUGGCAACAUUUUCAAACCGUUGAGCGCUGGUCAAAGCGUUGUAAAUCAGGAGGUGUCAGGAGGGUCCAAGCAACGUAAGAUCAGUGUACUACAUUCGUUAAGUCUUUCAGAGAUCAAAGAGGCUUCGCCGGACACUGGAUUGGAAAUUAUUUUAGAUGGUCCAUACGGAGCUCCUGCUCAGCAUAUCAUGGAGGCUGAACAUGCCGUUCUUAUCGGGGCAGGAAUAGGAAUCACACCAUUCGCCUCCAUCCUGCAGAGCAUAUACAUGAGAUACAAGGCUGCAAAGAUCCAUUGUCCCAACUGCGGUCAUGCAUGGAUGAAGGAAGAAUCACCUCUCCUUAAAACAAAGAAGGUUGACUUCUUUUGGAUCAACCGUGACCAGCGAUCCUUUGAAUGGUUUAUCAGUCUCAUUAAUGCGAUGGAGACUGAACAGGCCGAUGUAGAGGAGAUAGAACGCUUCCUUGAUGUACAUCUCUACAUGACGUCUGCUCUCUCUCCCAGUGAUAUGAAGGCUAUUGGAUUACAUGUCGCUCUUGAUCUCAUCCACUCUAAGAAGAACCGAGACACCAUCACGGGAUUAAUGACCAGAACACAACCAGGACGACCAGAUUGGGAUCAGGUUUUCCAGGAUCUGAAGAAACAACGGAAGGGCAAGAUCACUGUAUUCUUUUGUGGUUCUCCUGCACUUGGGAAGAUUCUCGCAAGUAGAUGCUUCAAAUACAAGAUGGAAUUCAGAAAGGAAAACUUUUAAAUCAACGUGUUCCUUGAUCGCGUGGUUUGGGUCAACAUCUCUUUACACGAAACCCUAAGUAAAAAGCAGAAUACAUUUGAAGACAUGAAACAGAUCUCCACAUAUUGAUCCCAUUUGCAAUACUGCAUCAUUAUUUUCAAUCAAUGUUUGAACAGGGUUAAUAAUCACGCAGGUCCUUAUAUUGGCAAAUAUAUUAAACCCAUGAAACCGAAUAGACAAACUGCAAUAUGACACAAUCAUUUGCUUGUGAAGAUAUAUUUGAUAGCAUUUCCAUUUGUUUCCAAAGGAAAACGCAACCGUAAUUUUAUUAAAAUUGUCAAUUUGAUGUAAAAGGUGGACAAAUAAGGUUACAAAUGGGAUAUUUUUAAUGUAUGGGUAAGUAGAGCUUAGAGGCGUUUAAGUCAAUUAUGACCAAUUAUGACUUAUUACUCAUAUUAAUAAUUGGGUCAGUUGAAAGCUUUUAGAAUUCGCUUUCGUAAUUCCAAAGAAUAAUAGUGUAUUACAAUUAUUACGUACAUGUUUUAUUUGAUACUAACAUAAACACACGUUUCGGCAUCGAAAAUGUUAAAUGUGGCCAGAUUUUUAAAGAGAUGUAAGACGCGAUUUCUUGUCGAAAAUAUAAUUCCGGCAAUUAAAAAGGAAUAUGUCAUGGUUGUUACAUGAUAACAAAUAAUUGUAUAUACAUGGGGGUUGAUAUUCUAAAUACACUUAUUAAAAAAGUGCGUACUAAUAGUUUACUAUUGGACUAAAUUACUGGUAUACCAGGGUAAACAGUAAUGGUGGAUGAAGUAACUUUUAUCAAAAUUUAUAUCUUAUUUAGAAUAGUACUAUUAAUUGCAUGUAAUGUGUUCAGAUUAUUUAAUCAUCGUUGAGCGUUACAACUAUGAUGACAGUAACAAAUCUGUAUCAAUUUGAUAGCAAAUCGGCGGCCCGGGCGAUAUUUGAAGCGAUGUUUUCGAAUCGGCGGUGAAUUUAUAACGUGUGAAUAUAUUAGGUGUAGGCUUUGAAACACCAAUUAUGAGACUAUUAGAAGCAUGGACAAGGAGUUUAAAAAAAUCCAGCCACUAGAGUACAUGUUACAUGUUUUUGGGAAGGUUAUAUUCAUCUAGAUCCCGAAAAUCCCAACUUUGUGAAUCAAUGUAUCAGUUUCUAUCGACCCUACCAUGCUUACUGGUUCGUGGAGUGUCGCUUAGUAGCGGUAAAGAAAUGCUUUGGAGCGUUCACAAUUCAUCACUCGAGGUAAAUUUUAGCAUGUAUGGGCAAUUAAAAAUAACGAAUCUUGUUUGAUUCUUUAUUUUAUAUUGGUAUUUUUUUGUUUGUGUAUCUAAGGUAUAUAUAUAUUUUCUGUCAGUGGUCAUUUUGAAUGAGCCAUUUGAGGAUUUCAUGAUCAUGUCACUAUCAGAGUUCAAUUGUUUUGAUAUCGUUUGUCAUUACACGUAUGCCAUGGAUUCGCUAUUCACGUAGACAUUGAUUGAAUUAAUACAAUAAUUAUAGGCUUAAAGUUUGUUCAGCUGCGUUAAAUGUUAUGCAUGGAUAUACAUGUACAGUGUGUUUAAUUUUUUGGCCAUCAUGAGCAUAAAUCUAGUUCAUGAGAUGUACAUGUAUGGGAAGAUAUGCUUCACUUCUUUCAUUUCUGGGGUUGCCACGCAGUCAAGCUUAGCUUAUAGUGGUAACCCCUGCAACCUUCUAAAUAUCGAUGUGUAUUAAUAGAAAAUGCAAUUUUGUUCAAUGUUUUGCUUGUCAGGUAUACGUAUAUUAUCAUUGUAUUUUCUUUGUUAAUGUGGUGAUGAAAAAGUGUUGCAGGAACCAAUAAAUGAAAUAAAAAUUUCGAAGCCCAUACAACGUUCAUAAUGCACGCAUGAACGCAUUAGAACAAUGAAAAGUGGUACUUCCAAAAUUUCAUUUGCACGAGCAAGUUACGAUAUUGAAUUAGUCUUUGUGGCUAUUAGUGCUAUCUAUAUCUUAAGUUCAUAACUUAAAUAUCCAUCUUUUCUUCUUUCAGAAUAAGGCUUAUGCAUAACGUACGAUUGGAUUCCUUAGAUUUCAAUGGCUAUCAAACUAUGGCUUUUGUUUGUGUUUUUCGCUAUGACACAUCCACCUCUCCUCUGUAUCCUUAUCAAUUUCGUAUCAAUCUUCCCUCUCUCUCACUCUUCUCUUCUUUUAUCCACCUAUAUUUCAAUUUUCUCUACAGAUUCAAUUAUUCACUCUCCACCUCUUCUCUUAUUCCCUUUCUUCCUCUUCCCUUAUCCCCCAAUCUCUUCACUAUCUAUUAUCCCGUCUCUCCUUCUCUCUAUCUCUCUUAUCGUCACCUCUUUCACUCGCUCCUCAUUUUUCAGUCACCCUGGACCUCCCUCCCCUCUUCUCAUCCUCCACUUGUUCGCCCCUAUUCAUGACAUCAAUAAAAGACUCAGAGAAUCAAGAUAAUGUGCGUGUUUAUUUCAUUUAUAGAAGAUUGGAUACCGUGUUGUACAUAAGUGGUCAUAUAAACUGCCCUUUUAGCGUAUGAAUUCAUCUUUUUUAGUUUAAUGAUUUACAUUGUACAAUGCAUUAUUGUUGAAUACGGAAAUGAAACGAAAAAUUUUCAACAUUUGCUAGUUAACACUCUUUGAUUUCAUGAAAGCGUUCCAAAACAUUUUCUUCUGUAAAUUGUGAUAGAUUUAUAUUGGUUAACUUGAUUCAACACACAAUAAUGAGCUUUGAGUAACCCUACAAUGUCUUCAAUUUUUGUUACUGAAAUAAAGUUAAACGUGAUUAAAUAGAAUCGUCUUACGUUUAAUCAGAGUGAAAUCGAUACUGGUGAUUAUAUUAUGACGAUAUUAUGACAGAAUUAUAGAGGACUGUCCAUCAAAAUGAACAUAAUAUUUUGAGAUAAAAUCAGAGGCGACACCACUUUUUGUUAAAUUUUCUUUCUACAAUAGUUGAAAAGUUAAGGCAAAAAGCCUAAAUUUAAGAUGCCAAAAAAUAUUUAUUUACGAGCUCAACAUUAUCCAUGCACACGUCGUAUGAUUAUUCAAUUGAACAAAAUAGAAAACAGCAGAUUAAAAGAUUUAUUGAUAACCAAAAUAAUAAUUGUUUUAUUCCACUUGAUUCGUUCGAAUCAACUUGUAUACUUUAGAUAGACUUGAACUCUAACUUGUUCAUCUGGUUGCAAUAUUUUCAUCCUAAUAUAAGAACAAUAUUAGAUUCCCGUGAUUUGACCUUAUUGCCACGACUCCAAUCUGAUUAUACCGGGUUCUGUACACGCGUCAAGAAUGUCUUUCUUUAUCAGAUAGCUGUGUAAAAAAAUGAAAAUGAAAAAUAAAAUUGAAAAUGUAAAGGAUAUGGUCAGC